UGACAAAACAAGGUACUAGAAAAGGAACAGACAAGAAGACGUAUGUUAUGUCGUAUCGUCAUUCUCAUUCUAGAUUCCAAUCCAUUCUUCCUUCCUUAACAUUCUAUUCGGCCAAGUUUCGUGUUUCCUCCGGCCUCUACCUCCUUUUCUCUCUCUCUCUCUCUCUCUUUCUCUUUCAAUAUCUCUUCUAAUUCACAAUGGGUCUCUGGGAUUCCCUUCUCAACUGGCUCCGCAGUUUGUUUUUUAAACAGGAGAUGGAACUUUCCCUUGUGGGCCUUCAGAAUGCAGGGAAGACAUCUCUUGUCAAUUCAAUUGCUACCGGGGGCUACAGUGAGGACAUGAUUCCAACUGUUGGUUUCAACAUGCGGAAAGUCACAAAGGGAAAUGUCACAAUAAAGCUUUGGGACCUUGGUGGACAAAGGAGGUUCCGAACAAUGUGGGAGCGUUACUGUCGUGGUGUCUCUGCUAUUGUGUAUGUUGUAGAUGCUGCUGACAGAGACAGUGUUCCGAUUACUCGAAGUGAGUUACAGGAGCUCUUGACAAAACCUUCUUUGAGUGGGAUUCCUUUGCUUGUUCUAGGAAACAAAAUUGACAAGUCAGAAGCUCUUUCCGAGCAAGCAUUGGUAGAUCAGCUAGGACUUCAUUCAAUUAAAGACAGAGAAGUCUGCUGCUAUAUGAUUUCAUGCAAGGAUUCUGUAAACAUAGAUGUUGUCAUUGACUGGCUUAUCAAACACUCACGAACUGCAAAAUGAUCAUUGGUUUGACCAGUAUUUCUUUUUUGGUCAUAGGUGCAAGGUGUUGGUGAAAUUCCUUGUGGAUCACAAUUUCCUUGAUUUUAGUUGUGGUUCAAAGUAAGUGUGUUUGUACAGUAAUUGAACUUGGUCAAAUCUUCCAUGCAACGUUCUUAUGUUCAGUAUACCGGUUACUUGGUCUUGUACAAAUUUUUAAUGGUUUCUAUUUAUAAUAAGGUACAAA